ACAUGCCCCCCGAAGUGAUGAUUGCUGACCCCCACUACGAUACCAGUCUGGAUGUGUUCUCAUUUGGGAUAAUGAUGAUUCACACCUUCACAGCAGAGUGGCCACUACCAAAGAUCGGCCCCAACAGAAUCGAUCCUGCUAAUCCCAAUAGUCUGAUACCAGUGACUGAAGCUGAACGACGUGAAGAGUUUCUUCGAAAAAUUCCCCCAAACCACCCUCUGAUGGACCUCAUCAUGCACUGUCUCAGCAACAACCCUCAGCAAAGGCCUAGAGCAGCGGAGAUAGUGGGUCGGAUGGAGACCGUGGAACUUGAACACCCUCCCUCCAUUGAGAACAGGGUGGAGAUGCUCCAGCGAGUGAGUGCCCUGCUGACAGAGAAGAGGGAGCUUGAGGAGGAGGUUGUGAGGAAGGACUCGACAAUCCAGGAGAGAGAAGGAGAGAUCGAGGCACUGGCAGAGGAGAAAAGACGACAAGAGGAAAAAAGUGAAAACACUGUCGAGCGUGUGCAGUUGGUGCACUUCAUGGAAACUGAUUAAAUUAAAUUAGAGAUUGAAGAUCUUAAAGGUCAACUUGAAGAUAAAAUGACAAUUGUUAACACGCAAGAGGAAUUUAUUGCUUCAAGAAAUGCUAGGAUUGUGGAAUUAGAAACUCAAUGUAAGCAAUUCACUGAAGAGGUGGACCAACAAAUUGCUCACAAAAAUUCGAUCAUUGCCUCCAAGGACACUUCCCUUCAGAAAAAAGAAGCCACCAAUCAGAGUUUGAACGACCAACUCACCAAAACUAGAGACUACCUAACCAACAAACCUCAGUCCCUACAGGUUCAGUUGUCCUAUAGUCAGUGCUCUGAGGCUCCAGUGAAGAUGUCUACUGGACUAGCGAUAACCAUCAAUGGCAAGAUCUAUUAUGGUGGAGGUGACUGUGACGAUGAUAACAAGUACUAUGUCUACUGUUACGAUCCGCCACAAGACGUUUGGUCAACUCUGCCCAAACUUCCUGUACGCUAUUUUGGUCUAGGGCAAGUCAAACGCGAACUGGUAGCAGUUGGUGGUAGGGAUUUAUCCGGCCCUACAUCCAACGUGGUAUAUGUGUUUAACAAAGGAAAAAGUUGGAAACGGACAAUUCCACCCAUGCCCACAGCGAGGGAUUCACUAACAGUCGUUAGUCUCCCAACACAUCUGGUCGUAGCAGGAGGUCGGUUGGUCUCUCACUCUAGUGUCUACACUGAUAAUGUUGAGAUCUACAACAUCAGCACCUCCCAGUGGAGCGAGACAGAUAGACUACCGUAUGCUUGUCUUGACCAAAGAGGAAUUGUCUGCAACAACACAGUGUACAUAAUGGGUGGUUCGGACGGCAAUCGUCUAAACAAGGUGUGUGCUGCUCAAAUCGACAAGCUCAUCACAGCAGACCGACAGGAUGAUGGGAAUGCCAACAAAGCCGACUCUGUCUGGAAUAUAAUACCCAACACACCCUCGUAUCGCCCAUCAGCUGUAACGAUAUCCGGCACUCUCUUUGCUGUUGGUAGACUGGAUAGUGAAAGAGAAGUCACUCAAAAGGUUUACGCCUACUCAUCCUCGAUGAACUCCUGGCUCUACGUUGGUGAUCUACCAUCUCCUGUAACAUUCGCUGCCACUGUAUCACUGUCUCCAACGGAGUGCCUUGUAAUUGGAGGAUGGAAUGCAACAGAAAGACAAUCUACUGUGCAUAAAAUCACUGCAGCUAUUUUUUAAGUAUAUUUUA